AUGAAGCCUGAUAUCUCACUCCUUAGCUUGGCUGUGCGACCGGUUGAAAAGAACUUAGCAAGAAAUGCCUUCUUGCACUUCAUCCCAAGUGGUGAUUGUGCCAUGGGGCAGGCUCUUCUCCCAUUGGUGAGCCUUGUCAGCAAGAGACAUAGGGAAGAGUCUCAGCUUGAUGGCAUCUUCAGAGACACCAUUGAUCUUAGUCAAAUCACACAACCUAUCAAACUCAUCAAGGUGAUCAAUGGGGUUCACUUGGCAAUCCCAUGGAACAUCUUGUUCUGCACAAGGUUGAUCAUACCCAGCUUGAUCUCAAAGUUGUGGUUCUGGACAGGUGGUGGGACAAUCCUUGCCUUUGUUGAUGGCGGUUUGGAGCAUCUCCUAGACCAAUCGGUCGAGUCUGCCUAG